AUGGGCGUCGUUGUAACAUCCAUCACAAUGUUUCUAUCAUAUUGUUUUUUAAAACAAAGACGUAUUGCCAAACAUAAAGAAAUGAUAUUCAAGAGAAAUGGAGGGACGAUUUUCGAGAAGAUUCUUUCUGAAUCUGAAGGAUCGACACAGAUUGUCAAAAUUUUCACCGAAGAGGAACUCAAGAAGUCAACAAACAGCUUUAGCCCAGACAAUGUUGUUGGUCAAGGAGGUUUUGGGACGGUUUAUAAAGGCAUUUUGAUAGAUAAUACGGUGGUAGCAAUCAAGAAGUCAAAAGUGAUUGAUCCAAACCAAAUAGGACAGUUUGUUAAUGAGGUGGUACUUCUAUCACAAAUCAACCAUCCUAAUAUUGUAAAGCUGGUGGGCUGCUGUCUCGAAACAGAUGUUCCUUUACUAGCGUAUGAGUAUAUAGUCAACGAGACAUUGUUUCAUCACUUGCAUGGGAAAUCUCAUGGCUCUUUGUUAUCAUGGAGGAUGAGGUUAAAGAUUGCAGUUGAAACAGCAGGAGCUAUUGCUUAUAUGCAUUCGGCUACCAAAAUUAUACACAGAGAUAUCAAAUCUUCUAAUAUACUAUUGAAUGAUGACUAUACUGUCAAAGUUUCCGACUUUGGUAUUUCACGUUCUAUUCCUAAGAACAAAAUGCAGGUCUCCACAGCCGUUCAAGGGACACUUGGAUACAUAGACCCUGAAUACUUUAUUUCAGGUAUUUUGACCGGGAAGAGUGAUGUUUAUAGCUUUGGGGUUGUACUAGUAGAGCUGCUCACCGGGAAAAAAGUAAAUUCUGCAGUGGCAACAUACCGAUCUCUGGUAGAUCAUUUUCUUCUGUUACUGAAAGAGUACCGUUUGAUUGAAGUUCUAGAUGAUCAAGUGAAGCUAGACGCAACUCCUGAUCAGAUUAAUCGAUUUGCCCAUCUUGUCAAGUCAUGUGUUAGUCCUGAAGGCAUGGCAAGGCCUACAAUGGAAGAGGUGAAAGAGGAGCUCCUCGCUCUGCAAGAAAUUUCAGGUUUACCUUAUACAGAUAAGGAAAGCUUCUGUUCCACAGGCUCGUAUGUAUCACAACCAUCAAGCUCACAGAUCAUGAUGUUCUAAUGAAAUCCUAUUACCAGCUACUAGAUUUUAAUCUAGUGUAUUGUAACGCCCAUAAAUUUAAGACCACUUUUUCAAAUAAACAUUUA